AUGUCAUUCAUGAACGACAGGCAGUGCUUUUUGGUCCUACUUAGCUUGCUUAGCUACGGGGCUCAGGGCGCUCCGGUAAUUUUCGAAGACCAGCCCGAGAACAUACCUUCAGAUCUCGUUGUCCUGCUGGGAAUGGCGAUUGGGUUUUUUGGAGUAUUCAUCAUAUCGCUGAUCGUCUAUUGCCUACAGAGGUUGCUGCGAAGAGGCAUACGAUUGACCCACGAGUUCCCAGGAUCCUUGGACGAUGCUGCUCAGGAGGCUGAGGAAGACAGGCGCGCGCUAGAUGAACUUCCUCCCAAUGAGCAAGAGCUAUACUUUCAGGCCAAGGAUUUUCUAAAACUGAAUCCGAUGAACAACCAGGAGCUGACCUUAUCACAGAAUUUAAUCAUACAGGAAAAAGGAGUGUCGGCAUGGGAGUUUCGACCUCAUGUUGAAUGCCAAGAGUUUAUUCGUGUGAUAGACAAGACUGAGAUCGAAUUCUUGAACACUGGCCAAGAGCUCUCCAUUCAAACGAACUUUCCUAUUCCAAAAGAAAACGAAGUGUACUAUUUUGAGACCAAGAUUUACGACCUUCCUAAUCCAGAAAACACCUUAAUAUCAAUUGGAAUUGCCACUUUCCCAUACCCAUACUUCCGCCUCCCUGGCCGCAACCGAAUCUCGGCAUCGUACGAUUCAACAGGCCACAGACGCUAUAAUGACCCUUUCCCGCUCGAAGACACGAUAUUCCCCACUCUUGAACACGGAGAUGUGAUUGGAUGUGGCAUCAAAAUAGCGUCGAGGACUGUUUUCUGGACGCGGAACGGCAAAAAACUGUCGGAGUCGAAAAUAGGAGGUCAUAUUAAGCUCCCAAAAAAUUUACAACUAUACCCUACAGUUGGUUCGAACAACAGGUGCGCGCUUCAUGUGAACGUUGGACAGGCAGGAUAUGUUUUCAUAGAGGCAAAUGUUAAGAAAUGGGGAUUUGGUCCGCUCGAAGGCAACGAGAUUCCUCCACCGCUAUACACGAAAUUCAAUAAGGAUGUUUUAUUGGAAAGCAGUGACUUGGACCUCAACGAUCUCAGUUUGCGAAACGGAGAUUUUCCACCGGAUUUCUGGGACGCCGUGGACGGCUCUUCUGAGUUCAACGACGUCGAAGAGAACAUUACACUACACACUUUAAGAGAAGACGAACGUUCGGAAAAUCUGCCAUCGGAGCAGGAGGAUGUUCCUGAUAGUCCUCCUUUAUACGAUGAAGUGUCUCGAUAA